AUGGUUAAAUCAAUUAUUGCUCCAUCUAUCUUAGCUAGUGACUUCUCAAACUUGGGUUGUGAAUGUCACCGUGUAUUAAAUGCCAAAGCUGAUUGGUUACAUAUAGAUGUUAUGGAUGGUCAUUUUGUCCCAAAUAUCACUUUAGGUCAACCAAUUGUUGAAAGUUUAAGAAAAGCUGUCCCAAGAGGUGAUGGUGUUACCAAACCAAAAGCCUUUUUUGAUUGUCAUAUGAUGGUUGCUGAACCAGAAAAAUGGGUUGAAGAAUUUAAAAAUGUUGGUGCAGAUCAAUUCACUUUCCAUUAUGAAGCUACAAAAGAUCCAUUAGGUCUUGUUAAAUUAAUUAAAAGUCAUGGUAUUAGAGCUGCUUGUGCAAUCAAACCGGGUACACCAGUUGAUGUUCUAUUUGAACUUGCUCCAUUUUUAGAUAUGGCUUUAGUUAUGACUGUUGAACCAGGUUUCGGUGGUCAAAAAUUCAUGCCAGAUAUGAUGCCAAAAGUUGAACAAUUAAGAGCCAAAUUUCCAGAAUUAGAUAUUCAAGUUGAUGGUGGUUUAGGUAAAGCUACAAUUCCUGCUGCUGCUGAAGCUGGUGCUAACGUUAUCGUUGCAGGUACUGCUGUUUUCACUGCUCCAGAUCCAGCUGAAACUAUCAAAUUCUUAAGAGAUGCUGUUGAUGUCCAACUAAAAGCUAGAGGUAUAUAUGAAGAAUAA